CGUCGCUCCCAGAUCCUCUCCAAAUGUGCCUACAUACGCUCCAAAUCCGGGCCUCCACCCAAUUUCCACCACCGCACCCAGAGUGACCGCUACGCAGAUUCCGAGAACACGACUCCCGUUCUUGUGCGCAACGAGACUAUAUGGACUGCUGCUAAUGACGGCCACGAGGUUCUCAAUGGUGACCUCCUCAUCCACCGUGGUCUCAUCAAAGCCAUCGGGGAUGUUCCUCUUUCCCUGAUUCGGCAGGUUGAGUCAAAACACAGGAAAUCAGAGGUCGUCGAUGUUCACGGAGCGUGGGUGACCCCUGGGAUUGUAGAUUUAUAUUCCCAUAUUGGUGUUGGUAGCAUACCAUUUUUUGCAGGUGCACGCGACACAAACUCUCGCAAGGCCCCCAUCUUACCCUGGUUGCGCAGUAUCGACGGGUUGAACACCCAUGACGCAUCAUACGAACUUGCCAUAGCUGGAGGCGUCACAACCGCGCAAAUUCUCCCUGGGAGCGCAAAUGAUAUCGGUGGUCAAGCGUUCAUAAUGAAGCUUCGUCCUACAGCCGAACGUUCGCCUUCUUCCAUGCUCCUCGAACCUCCCUACACCCUCAAUGGCUCUCACUUUGAUCACUCUCUCACACCCUGCUGGCGACACAUGAAACAUGCAUGUGGUGAAAACCCCUCUCGUGUCUAUGGCAUGACGCGUCUCGACUCUGGGUGGAACUUCCGCGCCGCCUACGACAGUGCCCGAAAGCUGCGUGACGCUCAAGACGAUUUCUGCGCCAAAGCAGAGUCUAACUCCUGGGACGAUCUCGCGGGAAAUGCAUUUCCUGAAGAUCUGCAAUGGGAAUCCCUUGUCGAUGUGCUCCGAGGACGUGUGAGGCUUUCCGUGCACUGCUAUGAGGCAGUUGAUCUCGACGGAAUCGUCCGUCUUACGAAUGAGUUCGAGUUCCCAGUAGCAUCGUUCCAUCACGCUGGAGAAACGUACCUUGUUCCGGACGUGUUGAAGAAGACCUGGGGUGGUACACCUGCCAUAGCACUCUUUGCAUCCAACUUCAGG